AUGCCACUUGAUGCCAAAGGCAAUGUAAAAUACCUUGAAUUCAUGGCCAUGUUCGACAGCAGCAAAGGUGCAAAAAGUCUGUUGGAUGACAAGUCUAUCAUGACACAUCACCGCAAAGCAUGGCCACAAAGUAAUUCUCUAAGGACUGGUACUUCUGAAUCAAUAAAUAAAGUGCACAGUUCAAAAAGGACCACUGACCAGAUCACUAAAAUAAUACAUGAUCUCUUGAAGAAAAACUACCGAGCAGUGGAAGAAGCUUUAACUGAACUGGAUGGAAUGAAUACACAUCGACUUUCCCCAGAAUCUACGUACCAGCUACUUAAGCGCUUUGACAUUCAUCCGUUCAUCUCGAGAGCUGAAGUCAGGAAACUCUGGAGGACUUUAAGCACCAGUCAGGACGAUACAUUGGAUUUCUAUGAAUUUGUCCGACACUUUAGAUUCUCGCCCAAAACAGCCUGCUUCCCAAACGCCAGACUACAGCCUCCAGUAAAAGGAGACGGCGACUUUCUCAUUCGAUCGAGAAAGUUAAACUGUGACGCAGAAAUCGUUGAGGAUAGCCUGCGAGCUAAAGUUGUCUUCUUGCUGGAGCAGCUUUGGAAACACUUCCAUGAGUUGGACCAGUUUCACACGGGCUUUGUGAGCAAAGAGGAAUUUAAGGACGUCCUCACAGACCUGUGUGUGGAGCUGAAUGAGCAGGAGUGUGAAACGCUCAUCAGCAAGUAUAACCAUGGAGAGAACAGGAUAUCUUACCUUGAGUUUCUUCGGCCUUUCGAAGUACGUAGGAAAUCUCCCAGGCUCGGCAAUUUAAAGAAACAGAAAGAUGUGCCUUUGCCCACUGUGUACACAGACUCGGUGCACAAAGGCCUGAACAUCAUCACAGGGAAACUUCGGCAAAAGUUGGCCGAUGACUGGAAGAUACUCCAAGGAGCGUGUAAAAAGCUGGAUUGUCGCAGCUCGGGAUAUCUCAGUGUGCCCGAAUUCCGAUCUGUUCUCCAGCUCUGUAACAUAAUCUUGGAGGAAGAUGAAAUUUAUCACAUCAUGUCGAAAUGUGAUGAAGACACAGUUGGUAAAAUCGACUACUCGAAAUUGAUCAGCAAACUUUUCAAGGGCACAUGAACAUCUGUCACUGUAUUAAUUUAGCACAUUGUGCUACAUUCUAGAUUGAUUGGCAAUGUAGUGUGUUCUUUACCUUGUUUUAAGCGCCUCGGGGCACUAUCCUGCGUGAAGGGCGCUACAUAAAUGCAAGUUGUUGUUGUUGUUUUAAUUGUUUUGUACCAAGACCGGAAGGGAUCGGAAAUCUUUUGGUAACGCAGUGGCGAUCUUUCCUUUUGCAGUUGGCAAGUUACACUUCCACAAUCUGUGCCUAAAGUAUACAAAGUGAUGGAUAGACCUUGCUCUGUGGACGGCGUGUUGGGUAUGUUAUAUCUUAUUGCGUGACGCUGAGCUUGACGCUGAUUUGAACACAAGUGAAACAUCAAGAAAUUCAUUUGCACUUUAAACAACUCAAAAUAAGUUUACGCUGAG